AUGACUGGAACGGACUCCAGAGGUGCUAAUGGCGAGAUGGCUGGAGGUAGAGAGGCUGGAGAGCAGGGGGGAGUUGCUGGUGGUGGAGUGGGGACUCACCAACCAGCCAACCCUACGCUACCCUCGACUUCUACAACAUCUCCAACAACCGUGGAUCCCGUGAAGGCGUUCUCUAUCGAGAAAUUCAUGGGGGAGGACUACGAGCACUGGAGCUUCCGCAUGAGGCUGAUGUACACCCAAUACAAGCUAUUGGACCUGGUGGAGGGGAAGGAGAAGAUGUCGGAUUCCGCGGAGCUGAAAGGAGCGUGGAUGAAGCGAUCGUUCGACGCGUACAUGCUCAUGGUGCAAGCGGUUGGAGGACGACAACUUGACCACAUCAAGGACCUCUUGGGUGAUCCAGAGUGUGGCCCCAAGGCUUGGAGGAAGCUUCUGGAUGUGCACUCACGGACACAUGCUACCGGCAUCAGUGGCUUCAAGAAGAAGUGGAAGGGCAAGAACAAGGACAACCCUAAGGAGGAUGGCGGCGGGGGUCAAGGGGAGGUGUGCUUCUACUGCAAGAAGCGCGGACAUCGUUGGCGGAAGUGCUACCAACGACCCAAGGAUUGGACCCCGCCUUCAUCAAGCAACCAGCAUGGUGGCAAGAGGAGUGGGGGAGUCAUGGGAGCUAGUGGAGAGGAGAAGGAUGAGGAGAAAGGCGGCAAAUCUGAGGAGCGAAAGGCCAGGUUCUCUUCUUCGUAA